AUGCCAGAUUCCGCAUCCAGGCAGAUUGCCUUUGACGAUGCCGUCCACCCUGCUCGUCAGGACCCGGACCAGAAGAGAGUAGAUGCUGCCGUGUUUGGGUCGGAAAAGGCGCCCAGCAUGGCGCCCAGUGGCCACGACAUCAACGACGAGGAAUGGGCUGCCAACAUUGCCCAACAGGACAUGGGCAGCAACCGCAAGCAAACUUACAGCGGUAUGACACUGGCCUGGCUGGCCUUCCAGUCGACGGGCAUCAUCUACGGCGACAUUGGCACGUCUCCUCUCUACGUCUUCUCCUCCACCUUUUCCGAGUAUCCGUCCUGGGACGACCUCGUGGGCGCGCUCUCGAUCAUCAUCUGGUCGUUGACACUCAUCGUGACGGUCAAGUAUGCCUUCAUCGUGCUGUCGGCCGACGACGACGGCCAGGGCGGCACAUUUGCCCUGUACUCGCUGCUGGCCCGUUACACGCGCAUCACCAGCUAUGGACCGGCCGGCAGCGACAGCGUGCGGAUGGAGCGGUAUCUGACCAACGAGCUGCCGCCGGCUGGCCGCACCAUCCGCAGCGUGAUCGAGAAGUCGCCGGCGAUCCAGUCGGUCCUCAAGAUUGCCGGCGUCCUGGGCGUGUCCAUGGUCAUGGCCGACGGCGUCCUGACACCGGCUCAAUCGGUUCUGGGUGCCAUCCAGGGCAUCCUGGUUGUUCGUCCGGAUCUGGGCACAUCCACCAUCGUCGGUGUCACCUGUGCCAUCCUCGUCAUCCUCUUCGCCCUCCAACCGUUCGGCACCGCCAAGCUCGGCACCGCCUUUGCCCCCAUCGUCACCGUCUGGCUGAUCUUCAACGCCUGUGCCGGCAUCUACAACCUGGCCCGACACGACCACUCCGUGCUCAAGGCCUUCAGCCCGUAUUUUGCCUUUGAGUACCUCAUCCGCAACGGCGAGCGCGGCUGGCGCAGCCUCGGUGGCCUCCUGCUGGCCUUCACCGGCGUCGAGGCCCUGUUUGCCGACCUGGGCGCCUUCAGCAAGCGUGCCAUCCAGAUCUCGUGGCUCUGCCUGGUCUAUCCCUGUCUGCUGCUGGCUUACAUCGGCCAGGCAGCCUACAUCUCGGCUGACACGGCUCAGGUCGCCUACAAGAACCCGUUUUUCUACACCGUGCCACCUGGCUCUCUCGUCAUCUCUAUCCUCGCUGCCAUCGUUGCAUCCCAGGCCAUGAUCACCAGCACGUUCCAGCUCCUGAUCCAGGUCAUGCGACUGUCCUACUUCCCGCACAUCAAGGUGGUGCACACGAGCAAAAAGUUUCACGAGCAGGUCUACGUGCCCAUGGCCAACUGGCUGAUGUUGAUUGGUACUGUCAUCGUCGCGGCCGUCUACAACAACACUACCUCUCUCGGCAAUGCCUACGGUGUCUGUGUGAUUGGGGUGACCUUUCUGACCACCUGCAUGGUCACACUCGUGGCACUCAUCGUCUGGCGCCUGCCGGUCUACGUGGUGGUGCCCAUCUUCCUCGCCUUUGUGUCCCUCGAUGGUGCGUACAUGUCGUCGGUCCUGACCAAGGUGCCGCGGGGAGCUUGGUUCACCAUUGUGCUGUCGGCCAUCCUGAGCUCUAUCUUCAUCCUCUGGCGCUUCGGCAAGGAGGCCCAAUGGACGGCCGAGGCUACAGACCGGCUGCCACCCACAGCCCUUUUGACCAACACGCCGAACAGCCGGAAUCCAGACGGGACACUGCGGCUGGCAAGCGAGUUUGGCCACACGCCUCUGGCCACAGUGCCGGGACUCGGCAUCUUCUUCGACAAGCCGGGCGAUGGCGCCUCUGUUCUGCCGCCGGCAUUUGCCCACUUUGUGCGCAAGUUUGCUUCGCGGCCGGCCGUCGUUAUUUUCUUCCACAUGCGUCCGCUGCCCGUUGCCAGCGUCCCGCUGUCGGAGCGCUACGUGGUCAUGCGCGUGGGCUCCAACGCGCAGAGCCGCGCGGUGCUGCCCAACUGCUACUCUGUCAUUCUGCGCCACGGCUACACUGACGAUGUCCUGCAUCCCGACAUGGCUCACGACCUGGUCGUGCAGAUCGAAAAGGCCGUGUCGCGCAUCAUCCGCCACAACGGCCCGUCGCCCGCGACUGUUGACAUCACCAUGGCCACCAUGUCCGACCUCGAUCUCGCAGCUUCGCCUGCCGACGACAACGCCGUCUCGCAAGAGCUGGAGACCCUGCACGAGGCCGCCCUGUCCCAGGUCGUCUACAUCUUCGGCAAGGAGGUGCUGCGUGUUCGGAAGCCGGUGGCCGGAAAGGCCCGCUGGGGUUUGAAGCGGUGCACACGCAACAUGCUGCUCGAGCUAUAUCUGUGGAUCCGGGAGAACUCGCGCACCAAGCUGGCCGACCUGGACAUUAAUGUAGACCGGCUGGUUGAGGUUGGCUUUGUCAAGGAGAUCUGA